UCACGGGGAAGUACAUUUUCCUCGAGAAUAGAGCGAUGACCUUAUUUUUAUAUACAUUCGUAACUUCCGGAACCAAAAAUAACAAUACUUAGCUUGAGAUCAUCACAUAUACAGCUGGAACGUAGUUGUUACGGAUCUUAAUGAAAUGUCUCUGACUAUCAAAGCAUACCUGCAGAAAGACGAUGACCCGAGCUCGGAGAUCCGUCGUUUUGGGGUCCCCCCAGACGUGCCCGACUACCAUCUUUUAAGGCAGAAAUUGGCUGAAGUAUUUCCAUCGUUAAAACACGGAUUUUUUUCCGUUCACUGGAAAGACCCAGAAGGAGACAAUAUAAUUUUGUCGAGCGACCAGGAAUUGGCUGAAGCCAUAACCAGUGUCAGGGACAGCAUUCUCAAGAUUUACAUCACAGUGACUCCUCAACCAGCUCCGUCGGGAGACUUGCACAAAGGUGUGUCGUGUAACAACUGUCAUGGUGCCGUACAGGGGGCGAGGUACAAGUGCUGCGUGUGUGCUGACUACAACCUGUGCAGACAAUGCGAGAUUCAAGGAGCACACCCAGACCACGACAUGUGGAAAAUCACCACGCCGAGUGAAAAGUGGAUGCCGCAGUAUGGUGAACAAUUUAUUCCACACCACGUGCUGGAAUGCAUUCGCCAAAAUCAGAAAGAUUAUCCUGAAGGAAACAGGCCCAGCUGCUGUUCCACUAGCGCCGGAAGUGGUCCCCAAGGAGCCUGGGCAUCAGCUACGUCAUCAUCGGGCUCUACAUCCGCUGCGUCUGGGGACAAUAUGACCUGGGAGGACGUAGGUCGCGCAUGGGCAGAAUAUGGAUUCUCUUGGAACAAUGCUGCCAAGAAAUUCUCACACAGCCUUGCUAAAACGAUGAAUCCCUUCGGUGAAAUGGAUAUGGGAGAUGCUAACACAAAUCGAUGUGACCUUCAGUGUGACGGGGUUUAUGACGACGAUGACGUUACGAGUCCGGAACAACAUGAUAAUGAAGUGAAUGCCAGAGAAACAGAGCUUGAGCAGGCCAUGUUUGGUGAUGGUUCCAGUAAAUCGUCAACACACACUGGCCGUUAUGAGAGCGACAGUGGAACCAGCAGGAACGUGCGAGUGAGAGUUGGCUUACCAGGCCCUAUUCAUCCAGACCCCAAAAUUGCCAAGGCGCUGAUCCAGAUGUUGUCAAUGGGGUUUACCGACAAGGAGGGUAGGCUAACCAGGUUGCUUGAGCUAAAGGAGGGAGACAUCAGCCAGGUCAUUGAAGCAAUCAACCAAAGCGAAUGGAAAUAAAAAUACUACAAAAUAAAGUACUUACGUCCAGUGGAUUGUAAAUAUUAACUGUACAAUACAGUUCCUCAUAUGCCGUCAUCCGAUGGCCCAGGGUGUAUGGAAUACAGUUUCAAGAACUUACAUGUGGAUUAAUGAACCUUUCCGAUUUCUGUUGAGUAAAAUGUGAUCGCCA